AUGUACUUCACCACGUCCCCCCGCAAAACGCCAACACCGACAAUGAUCAGCUCCGCGGCACCGCCGUUUCUCGCGAGUUUGUACGAAAUGUUGUCCAAAGAAGACCCUCGUGUCAUCGGUUGGUGCGACGGGGGCAAAGCGUUUGGCGUGCACAACUUUGACGCGAUGGAAAAGCACAUGCUGCCCACGUACUUUCGCCACAGCAAGUUUGCAUCAUUCCAGCGCCAGCUCAACUACUUUGGGUUCCGCAAAGUACAAACGCCCAGCGCAUCCUCCAACAAACACAGCAACAUCUACUAUCAACCCCUCUUCACCCGCGAUGACCCGUCGGCGAUGCUCCUUAUCAAGCGAAAGACGUACGGCUUGAAGAUCGUGCCAACGCCACGCCGCACUACGACCCCCGAGUAUUAUUCCUUCCCUGCUACCCCAAUCACCCCUCCGUCGUCUUCGCGCAUGGCCCCUGUCAUCUCGCGCAGUUCGUCCACCCCGAAUCAAAAUGCAAGGUCCUCGGCUGGGGCACCCAUGCUUCGCCGUAGCCACAGCACUCCAGUCCCCGAUCCCGUGGACUUCGAUGCGUAUUUGUCAGUGGUGUCUGCACAGCCGUCGUCAUACGAGCAGUUGUUAUAUGGAGACAUCCCUAGGAUCACCCCCCAGAAUGACACUGGGCUGUUCAUCAACGCGUCGAUGGCGGAAGCAUUCCCAACGAUUCAAGACGUGCCCUCCACACCUGUGUCCAUGACGUCUAUGGUAGCACACAUGCAAACUGUGUCCGUCGUGGACGCACCACUCGACGACUUUGUCUUUGCCCCCCUUCCAUUUCGCCCCCUUGAAAGCGCUGGGGAUCAGUACCUCUCCAACGAAGACUUGGACCUCUUGGCAUGCUUUACGUAG